GCCCUUGGCCCCAGUUGCUAUAGUAAACAAAUAAUUUACCAAAGCCAAUUUAUCAAGUUUGUGUUUCUGAGAAGUUAAGAGAAAUGCAAAUGGAUCCAGUUAAAGUAAUUGGAAAAGUCAAGGAGCAGGUGCGUAUGGGAAACAAGUGGCGACGUAAUUAUCCAGAGGUGUGGAAUGGAAUUUCGGACAAUGAUACCAAUAAAUUGUACCAUCAAAAUGAUAUUGACUCACAGCUAAAAGGAAAACUUAAAUUGCAAGAACUAUGCCCUUUUGUUCACGAAAAUAAGGGCGAAUCGCAAUUUGUGUCACCGGAGAUGCAUUCGAGCUUAUUAGCUAGAUGUCGCUGUGGUCGCUUUCGCCAAGGCUCACACAUGGGAAAGUGUCUACAGAGAACGGUAAGUCCAGAUUAUGAAUUUGCACAAUCAAGUCCAAAACAUUCGGAAGUACAAAAGGGAGAGCCAGCGGACAAUGCACAUGCAAUGAAAAUACCCAUUAACGUGCCGCGCACAUCCAACUCUUCCAUUGGGCUUUUAGGAAUCCAGACGAGCUAUCGAAAACUGGAGCAAUCUAUGCAGUACGUUUCGCCGACAUUCUCGAUGACCGGGCCACGCAUUACAGCAGUGCCGUAUAAUAUUAUUAUAAUAGGCUAAAUUUCGAAUAUGAAUUAUUAAAUGUCCAUAUUGA